AUGCAGUCGUCAACGUAUGCGGUUAAAGGAAACGCCGCGUUUGCGUUUCACAGACGGAGCUUCUCUAAUCUCGGCAACGGAUCGGCUACUACUACUACUACCGGAAUCCGAUUCUCCGACAAGGCCGCCUCUUCCUUCCGACCACUCUACUGCUGUUCUGGUUCGAAAACCAUGGGAGCGAAGCUUGCUCGUGCUGAAAACGGGAUCCAGAGCGUCAUGGGUUUCUCUUCUGUCAAAGCUCGAUCAAUCAAAGCUCAAGCCUCCUCUGGUGGAGAUGCAGAGGAAGCUAUACCUUUGAGAUCUGAUGUGAAAAGCUCUGGGACGGUUUUGCCAUUUGUUGGUGUUGCUUGUCUUGGUGCUAUAUUGUUUGGUUAUCAUCUUGGGGUAGUUAAUGGUGCUCUUGAAUACCUUGCUAAGGAUCUUGGGAUUGCAGAUAAUGCUGUUUUGCAAGGAUGGAUCGUUAGUGCGCUUCUUGCUGGUGCAACGGUCGGUUCAUUCACUGGAGGUGCUUUAGCUGAUAAAUUUGGACGAACGAGAACGUUUCAAUUGGAUGCUAUACCGCUUGCCAUUGGAGCUUUCUUAUGUGCAACAGCUCAGAGUGUGCAGACUAUGAUUGUGGGACGUUUACUUGCAGGAAUUGGAAUCGGAAUUUCAUCAGCGAUUGUACCUCUUUACAUAUCUGAGAUAUCACCAACUGAAAUCCGCGGAGCACUCGGAUCUGUGAACCAGUUGUUCAUAUGUAUAGGAAUACUUGCAGCCUUGAUAGCUGGAUUACCCCUUGCAGCAAAUCCUCUAUGGUGGAGGACGAUGUUUGGUGUUGCUGUUAUCCCUUCCGUUUUGUUGGCCAUGGGAAUGGCUUUUUCUCCAGAAAGCCCAAGGUGGCUCGUUCAGCAAGGAAAAGUCUCUCAAGCUGAAAAGGCGAUCAAAACUCUGUAUGGUAAAGAAAGAGUGGUUGAGCUAGUGCGUGACUUAUCAACCUCUGGUCAAGGUUCUUCUGAGCCAGAGGCAGGAUGGUUUGAUCUAUUCAGCAGCCGAUACUGGAAAGUUGUAAGCGUAGGCGCGGCUCUCUUCUUGUUUCAACAGUUAGCUGGGAUAAAUGCAGUCGUGUAUUACUCUACAUCGGUGUUCCGUAGCGCUGGAAUCCAAUCUGAUGUUGCAGCCAGUGCCCUGGUUGGAGCAUCAAACGUCUUUGGCACUGCUGUUGCUUCGUCUUUGAUGGACAAAAUGGGAAGGAAAUGUCUUUUACUCACAAGCUUUGGUGGAAUGGCUUUGUCGAUGCUGUUACUCUCUUUGUCCUUCACAUGGAGGGCUCUUGCUGCAUAUUCUGGCACCCUUGCCGUUGUUGGAACUGUUCUAUAUGUAUUGUCCUUCUCGCUUGGUGCUGGCCCGGUACCGGCUCUGCUUCUUCCAGAAAUAUUCGCAUCCCGAAUCAGAGCAAAAGCUGUCGCUCUUUCUCUCGGCAUGCACUGGAUCUCGAACUUUGUGAUUGGACUAUAUUUCUUAAGCGUUGUGACUAAAUUCGGAAUCAGCAGUGUCUACUUGGGUUUCGCCGGAGAAAUGUUGUCGAGACUAAAGGACGAUCACUCGAGGAAAUAG